AUGUCCUCCACGCCCAUGUCCUACUCAGACGUCUCGGUGGCGUCUGGGCCCCCACAGCCACUCUCAUCUCAUGCUUCCAAGAGAUUUCGCGUCCAUCGCUCAGGCUCAAAAAAACGCGUCACCAGUCGGCCGUCGUUUGCCUUCCGGAGACGUCCCGAGUCGGUCUUUAGUCGUCGCGGAGCAGACACCCCGGUGCAGAUUGUUGCUCCCUUCUCCGAGCCUCUUCCCCAGAUUCCUUUCGAGAGCUUUGCCCCCAGGACAUCGUCAAAGAGGUGGACGAUGGGCCGGUCAAAGCAACCAGAGCUCAGAGGCUGCGUGCUCCGAGCAGUCCCCAAAGCCGCAAGGGCUCCCACUGUCCCAUCACCAAUUGCCGCGGCUCCUGGCACUCCAUUCAAUUACCGCUCUUCCUCGGAUCCGCUCAGCCAUGCACAUGUCGACGCAACAAUGGCCAUGUCACCAAACGACGAGAUCUUGAGCAACAUUGGGCAGUCUCCCGCAUCAACAUCUACGCCAUCCCUCCACCCGUCUGUCUCAAAUGUGCCGCCGAAGAAGAGCAAGAAGGACAGGAAGAGCGAGGGAGACGCAGGACGCAUCGGGUUCUGGAAAGAUGGCAGAGCUCACUGGGAAGCCAAAGUGGCCUCGAUGCCUGCGGUGCCACAUCCUCCGAACACCGCCGUCGCCGAGCUCGAUUCGAGACCGAUCAGACUGGAGACUCCGGCCCGCGAGCUGCCAGGAGGGCAGAAGAACAAGAGGCCCAGGAUCCAGGUCAUUAUUCCCAACGAUGUCCGCAAUCGCGCUCCUCAUGCGCGGCCUCCUUUUGUGUCACAGGCAGUGCAACACUCCAGCGCAGGUGAAAUCAUAUCGUCUCGCGAUGUCUCGCCGCCUUUGGCCAACGACAUGAUCGAAGUACGUAACUCGGCCGUGUCGCCAGUGGCACGCCAGAUUUUGACCCAGCGGCAACAGACGGUGCCGGUUUAUCUAGAGAAGGUCUCCGAAAUGCCCGGCUCGGCCGUCAUGGCGAAGCACCCGUCCGUCUCGAGCUCUUCAGGAGCAUCCAAUUCAGAAAACGACGACUCGAAAUCCUCAAUCUACACCAGGAGCAACAGGACCUCGUGGACCAGCAUCGACGACAACCUGGAGCUUGGCCUGCGCCCGAAUCUGAACCUGGCCUUCUCCAUCAUCUCGCCCGCCGAAGCAGGAAUUUUCGACGACGCAUCGCCUGUUGGCACCACCACUAGCCAACCAGGAAGUCCGGUUUUGGCGACGUCCAGCUUACAUCAUCUGGGCAAGGAUAAGCCUCUCCCUCCAGAGCCGCAAGCCCCAACCAUCUACCAGACGGUGGCCAAACUGCGGAGCACCGUCAGCAGCCCGACGCUAAGCGCAAAAAACUCGAUUGCGAGCAGGAGAAACUCCCGCCGAGCCCACCGCGUGGCGUCUCUCCCGGCGCGCGGCUUGGCAACGGACAACGGGUCGGUUCCCCACAGCGAUCCUCCAAGCCCAACGCUCAGCGAGGCCGAGACGGCGUUGGAAGAGCACCUCUCAUGCAUCGCCGAAGGUUCGAUUGGCGAAUGGGAUGACGUGCCCAACACCAGCGGGCUUGGAUCCUCGCGGAGGCCGUCCUACGCCUCCGCCCGCGCACCCGCCGUUCCGCGCAAGUCAUCGCGACGCAAGACCAGAGUCACGUCGCUGCCUGUUGGAAGCUCGGCGAAUCACAUCGCAGCUCAACAAGUAAGGCCUCUUUCUCUCAAGACGUCCGCUGCUUCUUCUCGAUCUCACUCCGCGCACGUGCAGGGGCCGCGUCAGCCCUUGAGCUUAACCGUCCAGAUCCCCAGAGCUGACUUUGAUAAGCAUGAUCCGAAGACCAACAGCAAUGCGAGCAAAUCACGGCACAGACACAAGAGGAACCACUCGCGCCGCAUGCCAACACAGAGGGUCAUCGCUCCCGACGCUGCCGAGGUCGUCAUCCUGGGCAUUUUCGAGAGGGUGCACUCUCUCGAUGACCUCUGCUCUUUGGCCCGCGUCAAUCGCGGCUUCUACCGCGUCUUCAAGCGCCACGAGCUGCGCCUUCUGCGCUCUGCCCUGCAGAAUGAAUGUCCCCCGGCAUGGGAGCAUCGCGAGUCAUCGCCGCCGUACCCCUACGAGGGCGCCGAGCGGCAGCAUGCCGCCCAGUUCCUCGAGGUUCCGAAUCUGGACAGCGCUCUGCCGCAGCCCGAGCACACGCCCACCUCCUUCUACCGCCACCACAUGCGUGACACGCACAUCAUCACCGCGCUCAAGGCGCUGGUGCUGACGAGAUGCCAGUCGUUCCUGCGUCCGGAGACGGUCAUGGCGCUGGCCAGCAACAGCGCCUCCCGCGCUGCUCGCAUCGACAGGGCUUUCUGGCGCAUCUGGACCUUCUGCACCAUCUUCGGCUAUGGUAAGGGCCGCGAAGACGACAUCGUCGGUCAGACGGACUGGCUCCGCGGCGGUCCGCUGGUGCACCAGACGAGCAUUCGGGCCACCAUCAUGACCAGUGACUCGUUUGACGCGAGCGGCGCGCUCCUCAAUGCACCCGAGCACUUCGCAAAGGGCAAUGGGCCGAAGGGCCUCUCGGCCGAGGAGCUGUACGACAUGACGGAAAUCUGGACGUGCAUGGGCGUGCUGGUCUCGGCUUUGGAGGGACGCACCGAGCAGGCCAGGGAGUUUGGUGUGUAUGAGGUAACGGAUGUUCGUGGGGGUGACAUCGAUGGCGAGGAAAGGAUGCUUCAGGAGUGGCUCUACUAUCUCUCCACCCUUGGUCUCUCUGUGAUUCUUGAAGUCGCCGCUGUCUCCAACAAGGCGGAUUCGUCUGCUUUCAUGAUCGCUCUUGAGAACGGCUGGUUGAACUGGGUCCCACCUCAGCACGAUGGCUCCCGCCGGACGUUCCUAAAGGAAGCUGUUGCCCGCGUCUACGAGGAGAAAAUCGCCGCCAUGGCGGUGACGAGCCCGCAAGACGACGUCGCCGAGAUGAGACAAGUCCAGCGUCAGCGCAUGGCUGCUCACAAGGCUGAGAUCCGCACCCGCCGCCGCACCGGCGAUUACGCACUCGUCCGCAUGAGCAUGGAGCGGCCAAUGAGCGAUUGGGAAGGCGUCUUCAACUCUCUGGAUCGUUCGGACAACAACGGCAACGGCAACAACAACAUCGCCUCGCCCCAGCCGCGCCGUCAUGUCUCCACGUCCUCGAGCGUGAUGGCGGGUGCCCCCACGCCGUGUCCUCCGGGACCUUCCAACGUCCCCCGCUCCCACAGUGAGCUCAUUGCCCUACCACCCAUGCCGGAGCUCCCGGGCCUUUCUCCCGUCCGUCACCAGAGACCGGAGUUCCCGUUCCCCGUGGCCCCACCACAAAAUCAGCUCCAGCAGCAGAUGUCGGAGCGUCGAGGCGCUUCCAGUUCCGGUGUUCGCGGCAGCCAGCAGAACCCGCUUCUGCAGACGCUCGCGCACGCAAAGCAGCUCGACUACGGCGGACCGUCCCCGACCGAGCAGCACCCGGCACUGCGCUCCAUCCCUUCCUCAUCUUCUUUCCUCGGUUCCGAGUCAAGCAGCAGGCGAGGCAGCGCCGACAGCGGCGUCAGCCCUGUGGCUGCCCCGGCCGCGGGAAGCAGCAACGGCAGGCUGUUCUCCGAAGAGGCGGUGCACCCGGCGUUCCGUCAUAACGUGAGGCCGCCGCAGCAGCACCAGUCGUCGCGUCAGCAGCAGCAGCAGCAGCAGCACUCGUCGAACUCGAGCAUCAGCUCGAUGAGCGCCGGUUCGCCCAACAUGAAGUUCCACGCCGCACUGCCGCCCAGCUACAACUACCAGGCGCAGCGGCAGCAGCAGCAGCAGCAGCAACAACAACGCUACUACUCCCAACUCGCCGCCCGCUACCCUCCCUACCCAGCCGGCCACCCGCCCGCGCACCCCGCAUACCCAUACUCCCCCGACCACCAACAGCACCAGCAGCGCCACGCCUCCAUCGCGAGCCAACCCCUUCCCCAACAAUACCAACAACACCAACACCAACACCAACACCACCGCCACCACUCCCUGCCCAUCUCGGAAAUCGACCCCCCUCUCCCCGCCCACCGCGACCGCGUCUCCACCCAGCACCCCUUCCAGCAGGAGAUCGCCGUCAGCGACGCGGCGGCGCACUCGUCGGACAAGGCCAUCUUCCGCAUCGUGGAGAUGGGUUUCACGGCCGAGGAGGCGAAGAUGGCGCUGAGGAAGACGGAUAUGGGGGAUGGGUUGCGCGUGGACAGGGCGGUGGAGCUGUUGUUGAGUCGGUAG